AUGGAAUUCCCCUUUGGGUCCCCGGAAACUGCCUACUUCCGUCGGUUCACUCCGGAGUCGCUGGCACAGAUUGAGAAGCGCAUUGCCGGAGAAGGCGGCCAGAAAGUCCAAGAGAAGCACAGAGGAAAGAAGGACCAGGAAGGGAAGACACGGCCUCAGCUGAACCUGAAAGCCUGCAACCAGCUGCCCAGGUUCUACGGCGAGCUCCCUGCCGAGCUGAUCGGGGAGCCCCUGGAGGACCUUGACCCCUUCUACAGCACACACCGGACAUUUAUGGUGCUGAACAAAGGCAGGACCAUCUCCCGAUUCAGUGCCACGCGUGCCCUGUGGCUGUUCAGCCCCUUCAACCUCAUCAGAAGGAUGGCCAUCAAAAUGUCUGUCCACUUGUGGUUCACUUUAUUCAUCACACUCACCAUUGUCGCCAACUGUGUGUACAUGACCCAGACCGAAUCGUCGGAGAUCGAGUGUGUCUUCACCGGCAUUUACACCUUCGAAGCGCUGCUGAAGAUACUGGCCAGGGGGUUCUGUCUGAAUGAGUUCACUUACCUACGAGACCCUUGGAACUGGCUGGACUUCAGUGUCAUCACCCUGGCAUACGUAGCCAUCGCCAAAGACCUCCGAGGGAUCUCCGGCCUGCGGACGUUCAGGGUUCUCAGAGCGCUGAAAACCUUUUCGGUGAUCCCAGGACUGAAGGUCAUCGUGGGGGCGCUGGUGCACUCGGUGCGGAAGCUGGUGGACGUGACCAUCCUCACCAUCUUCUGCCUGAGUGUCUUCGCCCUGGUGGGCCUGCAGCUCUUCAAAGGCAACCUCAAGAACAAGUGCAUCAGGAAUGACUCUGCCCUCUACGACGGGGCCAACUACUCCCUCGACCUUGAAAGUGACCUUCACCUCUCCCUUUCUUCGGCAGGCUCCUACAUCAAUAAGCCAGGCACGUCUGAGCCUUUGCUGUGCGGGAACGGAUCUGAUGCAGGCCACUGCCCUGCCGGUUCUGUCUGCCGUAAAACUUCCCAGAACCCGGAUUUUAACUACACCAGCUUUGACUCCUUUGCUUGGGCUUUCCUGUCUCUGUUCCGCCUCAUGACACAGGACUCCUGGGAGCGCCUCUACCAGCAGACGCUGAGGGCUUCGGGGAAGAUGUACAUGGUCUUCUUUGUGCUUGUCAUCUUCCUGGGGUCUUUCUACCUGGUCAAUUUGAUCUUGGCGGUGGUCACCAUGGCAUAUGAGGAGCAGAACCAGGCGACCAUGGCUGAAAUUGAAGCAAAGGAGAAGCAGUUCCAGGAGACCCUCGCGUUGCUCAGGAAGGAGCAGGAGGUUCUGACAGCGCUGGGGGUUGACACAGCCUCCCUGCACUCCCACAGUGGAUCACCUUUAGCCUCCAAAAAUGCCAAUGAGAGAAGGCACAGAAUGAAGCCAAGGGUGUCAGAGGGCUCCACGGACGACAGCAAGUCACCACAGUCCGAGCGUUACAACCAGCGCAGGAUGUCUUUCCUAGGCCUGAACUCUGGGAGGCGCCGGGCUAGCCACGGCAGUGUUUUUCACUUCCGAGCCUCUGACCGAGAUGCCUCAUUCCAUGAUGGGGUCACAGAUGAUGGAGUCUUUCGUGGAGAUCAAGAAAGCCAACCCGGACAGCAAGGCCCUCUCCCUAGGAGCCCACUCACUCAACCCCCCAACCCUGGCGUAGGGCAUGGAGAAGAUGGACACCUCACAUUGCCCACCAGUGAGCCUGCCCCUGGAGCCACUGAAGUCUUGGCCUUUGAUGCAGGAAAGAAGAAGGCGUUCCUGUCAGCAGAAUUUCUGGAUGAGCCCCUCAGGACCCAGAGGGCGAUGAGUGUCGUCAGCAUCAUGACCUCCGUGAUCGAGGAACUGGAGGAGUCGGAACAGAGGUGCCCGCCGUGCCUGACCAGCCUGGCCCGGAAGUACCUCAUCUGGGAGUGCUGCCCCCCGUGGGUGCGGCUCAAGAGCAGACUCUUCGAGCUCGUGACCGACCCCUUUACCGAGCUCACCAUCACCUUGUGCAUCGUGGUGAACACCGUCUUCAUGGCCAUGGAGCACCACGGCAUGAGCAGAACGUUCGACACCAUGCUGCAGACAGGCAACAUCGUGUUUACCAUAUUUUUUACUGCGGAAAUGGUCUUCAAAAUCAUCGCCUUCGACCCCUACUACUACUUCCAGAAAAGGUGGAACAUCUUCGACUGCAUCAUCGUGACCGUGAGCCUGCUGGAGCUGGGCAUGUCCAAGAAGGGCAGCUUGUCCGUGCUGCGCACCUUCCGCCUGCUGCGGGUCUUCAAGCUGGCCAAGUCCUGGCCAACCCUGAACACGCUCAUCAAGAUCAUUGGGAACUCAGUGGGGGCCCUGGGGAACCUCACCAUCAUCCUGGCCAUCAUCGUCUUCAUCUUCGCCCUGGUGGGCAAGCAGCUCCUGGGCGAAAGCUACCUCCAAAACAGGGAGAAAAUCUCUGAAUCCAGCGGGCAGUUGCCCCGCUGGCACAUGCACGACUUCUUCCACUCCUUCCUCAUCGUCUUCCGGAUCCUCUGCGGAGAGUGGAUCGAGAACAUGUGGAACUGCAUGCAGGUCGGCCAGACAGCCAUCUGCCUCGUCCUCUUCCUGACGGUGAUGGUGCUGGGGAACCUGGUGGUGCUCAACCUGUUCAUCGCCCUGCUGCUGAACUCCUUCAGCGCCGACAACCUCACCGCCCCGGAGGAAGAUGGGGAGGUGAACAACCUGCAGGUGGCCCUGGCGCGGAUCCAGGUGUUCGGCCGGCAUGCCUGGCGGUCCCUCCGCAGCUUCUUCAGCAGGCACUGCCGGCUCCCCCCACCUAAGGCACAGCCCCCGCUGCCGGUGAAGCUGCCGCUGUCCAGCUCCAAAGCCGAGAACUGCACUGCUGCCGAUGCGGCCGCAGGCAGCCCUGGAGGGCUCCCAGCUCCCCAGGGCCCCAAGGGUGGACACGGCGAGUUAAUCAGCAGCUCCGCCGUGUGGGUCUCCGUGCCCAUUGCUGAGGGUGAAUCCGAUCUGGACGACUUGGAAGAGGACGGUGAACAGGAGUCCCAGAGCGCCAGGCAGGAUGGGGUCCCCAGAGAACAGAAACAGCUGCAGCAAGUCGGGGCACCCAGGAGCCCUGGGUCUGGGACAUCUUCCGAGGACCUGGCUCCAUACCUAGGGGAGAAGCGGGCCGACGAGGGCGCUCUUCAGGUGCCCGCAGAGGGCGUGGAUGACACCAGCUCCUCGGAGGGCAGCACGGUGGACUGCCUGGAUCCUGAUGAGAUCCUGCGGAAGAUCCCGGAGCUGGCGGAUGGCCUGGAGGAGCCAGAGGGCUGCUUCACAGAAGGCUGCCUUCGCCGCUGUCCCUGUUGCAAAGUAAACACUGCCAAGUUCCCGUGGUCCAUGGGCUGGCAGGUGCGCAAGACCUGCUACCGCAUCGUGGAGCACAGCUGGUUCGAGAGCUUCAUCAUCUUCAUGAUCCUGCUCAGCAGUGGGUCUCUGGCCUUUGAAGACUGCUACCUGGACAAGAAGCCCACGGUGAAGGCCCUGCUGGAGUACACGGACCGGGUGUUCACCUUCGUCUUCGUGCUGGAGAUGCUGCUCAAGUGGGUGGCCUACGGCUUCAAGAAGUACUUCACCAACGCCUGGUGCUGGCUGGACUUCCUCAUCGUGGCCAUCUCCCUGACAAGCCUCAUCGCCAAGAUCCUGAAGUACUCGGACGUGGAGUCCAUCAAAGCCCUGCGGACCCUCCGUGCCCUGCGCCCGCUGCGUGCCCUGUCUCGAUUCGAAGGCAUGCGGGUGGUGGUGGAUGCCCUAGUGGGCGCCAUCCCGUCCAUCAUGAACGUCCUCCUCGUUUGCCUCAUCUUCUGGCUCAUCUUCAGCAUCAUGGGCGUGAACCUGUUCGCUGGCAAGUUCGGCAAGUGCAUCAACACCACCGAGGAAGUGUUUUCCACGGUGCCAUUCUCCGUUGUGGACAACAAGUCUGACUGUAUGGCUCACAAUGUCUCUCACAAGCUCUUCUGGGUCAACGUCAAAGUCAACUUCGAUAACGUUGCCAUGGGCUACCUCGCGCUGCUUCAGGUGGCAACCUUCAAGGGCUGGAUGGACAUCAUGUAUGCAGCUGUUGAUUCCCGAGAAGUCAACAGCCAGCCCAAGUGGGAGGAGAACCUUUACAUGUACCUGUACUUUGUCAUCUUCAUCAUUUUCGGAGGCUUCUUCACCCUGAAUCUCUUUGUUGGGGUCAUAAUUGACAACUUCAAUCAACAGAAGAAAAAGCUAGGGGGCCAGGACAUCUUCAUGACGGAGGAGCAGAAGAAGUACUACAACGCCAUGAAGAAGCUGGGCUCCAAGAAGCCCCAGAAGCCCAUCCCGCGGCCCCUGAACAAGUACCAGGGCUUCGUCUUUGACAUCGUGACCACACAAGCUUUUGACAUCGCCAUCAUGGCCCUCAUCUGCCUCAACAUGGUCACCAUGAUGGUGGAGACUGACAACCAGAGCGAGGAGAAGACCCAGGUCCUCAACAGGAUCAACCAGUUCUUCGUGGCUGUCUUCACGGCCGAGUGUGUCCUGAAGAUAUUCGCCUUAAGGCACUACUACUUCACCAAUGGCUGGAAUGUGUUUGACUUCAUCGUCAUGGUCCUCUCCAUUGGGAGCCUGCUGUUUUCCGCCCUGCUUAAGUCGGUUGAAAGUCUCUUCUCCCCGACGCUCCUCCGUGUCAUCCGCCUGGCCCGAAUCGGCCGGAUCCUCCGGCUGAUCCGGGCAGCCAAGGGCAUCCGCACGCUGCUGUUCGCCCUCUUGAUGUCCCUGCCCGCCCUCUUCAACAUCGGGCUGCUGCUCUUCCUGGUCAUGUUCAUCUACUCCAUCUUCGGCAUGGCCAGCUUUCCCCAUGUGAAUCACGAGGCCGGCAUCGACGACAUGUUCAACUUCCAGACCUUCGCCAACAGCAUGCUGUGCCUCUUCCAGAUCACCACGUCGGCCGGCUGGGACGGCCUGCUCAGCCCCAUCCUCAACACGGGGCCGCCCUACUGCGACCCCAGCCUGCCCAACAGCAACGGCUCCCGGGGCAACUGCGGCAGCCCCGCCGUGGGCAUCCUCUUCUUCACCACCUACAUCAUCAUCUCCUUCCUCAUCGUGGUCAACAUGUACAUCGCCAUCAUCCUGGAGAACUUCAGCGUGGCCACGGAGGAGAGCACGGAGCCGCUGAGCGAGGACGACUUCGACAUGUUCUACGAGAUCUGGGAGAAGUUCGACCCCGAGGCCACGCAGUUCAUCGCCUUUUCUGCCCUCUCAAAUUUUGCAGACACUCUCUCCGGCCCCCUGAGAAUCCCAAAACCCAACCAGCACAUCUUAAUGCAGAUGGACCUGCCCUUGGUCCCUGGAGAUAGGAUCCACUGCUUGGACAUCCUGUUCGCCUUCACCAAGCAUGUGCUGGGAGACUCCGGCGACCUGGAUUCCCUGAAGGCAAACAUGGAAGAGAAGUUCAUGGCUACUAAUCUUUCCAAAGCGUCCUACGAGCCAAUAGCAACCACCCUCCGGUGGAAGCAGGAAGACAUCUCGGCCACUGUCAUUCAAAAGGCCUACCGGAGCUACGUGCUGCACCGCUCCUCGGCCCUCGCCAACCCCCCAGGGGUGCCCAGGGCAGAGGGGGAGGCUGGGCCACCCCCAGGUGAAGGCUCUGUUGCAUUCGUGGCACAUGAAGAUUGUGCGCUUCCGGACAGAUCUGAGAGUGCGUCUGCCACGUCUUUCCCGCCAUCCUAUGACAGCGUGACCAGGGGCCUCAACGAUGCCGUGCGCAUGAGCGUCUCCAGUUCACUGCAAGAUGCAGACGAAGCCGCCAGUAACCAGGUGACUGCCCCCGGGCCCUAG